UUAUUUCAUAUAUCAAGGUAAAAUGAUGUUGAUUCAAACUCAUCCAAAGUCCAUACCAGCCAUGAUAAGGCAAAUAGGAUUGUGCAACUGAGAAUUGAUAAAAAAAAAAAUUCAGAAUGGGAUCUCUAGGUUCCCUCAUCGUCUCUCUAACGCCCUUACUCCCACGCCCACAUCUCAUCCCACCAAGACCUCAUUUUUCUUCUUCCACUUUGCCCUCCUCCUCUUCCUCUUCCUUUUCCUUCUCUUUCAGUCCUUCUCCUUUGCGUCUCCGUUCUCUUGCCGGCAAAGGCGCGUCUUCCGACGAAUCUCAAUUCUUGGAUGAAGAUGGAAUGGUUGAAGACAUGGAUGGCUACCUCAAUUACUUAUCUCUUGAAUACGAGUCCGUUUGGGAUACCAAACCCUCCUGGUGUCAACCAUGGACUAUAUCACUCACUGGAGUUGCAGUGAUUGCUUCCAGUUGGGUUUUUCUUCACUCGCCAAUAAUUACCGCUGGGGUCUCAUGUAUAAUAUGCAUAUGGUGGUAUAUUUUUCUGUAUGCAUAUCCUAAGGCCUACUCCAAUAUGAUAGCUGAGCGAAGACAAAAGGUAGCUAGUGGUGUAGAGGAUACAUUUGGUAUCAACAAGACCCAGUGAUUUUGACCGGCUCAUUGAUGUUCAGAUGUUACUGAAUGAGUGUCAUGAAUUUUCUGCUCUUUCCCUGCAUUAACAUGCGUUCAUUCAUUGUCAGAUAUUUAUAUCUUGUAUUGAACUGAAAUUUGAAACCAUGUAUUUAUGCUCUUAAUCAAAAUCCAAAUUUCAAAUC